AUGGGAUUUGUUAAAGCCGCUUCUCUCGACUUUGUAGAAGUCCAACUUCACAGUACUAAAGCAGAUAUUUAUCCGAAAUUUGAGCUUGAUAUUACUAAUGAAAAUCUUACGAUCGAAAUAUGUGCGGACACAUUCCAAACAUUAUUGAAUAUGGUUAAUCAUUUAAACCCAAAAGCAGAAGAUCCGGAAAAGGGACGAAAAGCUCCUCAUAUAACAACUGAUCCUGUUGUCCAAAAUAUGCUAGCGAACUUGGAUGAGUAUGCCUUUGAUUCAAAAUCAAAAUCUCGUGCCAAACCCGCAAUAAUCGACGACAAUAAGAUAUCAAAAAUCUCCCGGAAUUCAGCUUCCACUUUAGAGUUUAUCGAGGAAUAUUAUGCGAUAGAAGGAAAUGAAUCAGAUGAGUUGGAUACUCACACUUUUGAACAUCCCGUGGGAUAUGAUGACAAUGAAGGUGUUUUGGUUGAACAGCCACUAUUUGCUGCUUCCGCGACAAAUAAAAGUAAUGAGGAUUUAACCGAAUUAGAAAAUUCGGAAGAAGAAGAUAAUCGUAGGGAUGAUAAAGUUAAAAGGCUGGAUUCUCCUACUAUAGAAUUUGUGGAUGAUCAUUUUUCUAUACCUAAUGCAAACGAACCCGAGAAUUCCUAUAUUCAGGAGUUACCAAAAAGUUUGACCCGGAUUAGACUGAGAGAUUUUAAUCUCGUAUGCAAGUUACAUGAAGGUUAUGAUUGGGAACGUAGUAGAAAGGAAGCGCUGGAUUCUUUGGCACGCGCAAAUUCUCAAGCCAAGAAUGUAAAUGUUGUGGAGACAGGAACAACGUCUGGUUCUUCGAUUGGAGAAACAAGUAGUUAUCCUUCAUUAGAAGAGAAUAAUAUAUAUAGUCAUAUUUACAACGCUCAGUAUAGAAAUUCAGAUUAUGACGUAACAUCUGAAGUCGAUUACAUGGACGAUUAUAGUGAUACUGCUAGUCAAGUUAGCUCACGAUUGGAUCCUGACAAUACGAAUAUUCGAGAGGGUAAACGGUCCGAGCAUUCAAAUCGUCGAUCUCGGCCAAAGUUAAGUCGCUCAAGCUCUAGCAAAAUUGACAUAAAACUUGAAAAAGUGAAUUUGGAAUUCGAUAUUUUUCCCGAUGACAAUUUAUUAGCUUUUAGGCUGUUGCUUCUUGUCCGAGAUAUAGAAAUUCUAGACAACAUAAAGACAUCUGCGUGGAAUAAGUUUUUAUCGCAUAUGCGCCCGGAUAAUAAUACUAGUCCACGUGAGAGUAAAUCAAACAUGAUUAGGUUAGAAUUAAAUAGCGUUCGUCCUACUCCAACUGAUGCUUCUGAAGAGUUACGAAUAAAGGCACGAUUUUUACCGCUAAGGUUUUAUAUUGAUCAAGAUGCCCUUCAAUUCUUGAUUCGAUUCCUUUCUUUUCAAGAUUCUACCAUUGAAAAACCUCCGCAGGUGGAAGACGAUACUUAUUUCCAAUCUUUUGAGAUACAUCCAAUUAAAAUGAAGGUCGAUUAUAAACCAAAGCACAUUGAUUAUACUAAUUUGAAGGAAGGUAAUUUAGUUGAAUUGAUGAACUUUUUCCAUUUUGAGGCUGCGGAAAUGACCUUAAGUAAUGUCAAGUUGACAGGGGUUAAAGGAUGUCAACGUCUAUUUGAGGAAUUGGGUGCAGCAUGGUUACCACAUAUAAAGAGCACUCAAGUGCCCAACGUAGUAUCUGGUGUGGCUCCAAUACGUUCGUUAGUUAAUUUAGGUUCGGGUGUUGCUGAUCUUAUUCUCUUACCAAUUGAACAAUAUAAGAAAGAUGGUAGGAUUAUUAGAGGUUUACAAAAGGGGACAGAGUCUUUUGCACGAGCUACAACUAUGGAAGCAAUCAGAUUUGGUACCAAACUUGCGGUUGGAACGCAGAUUUUGCUUGAACAAGCCGAUGAAAUUCUUUCUUUCGAAUCUCAAACUGGCACCAACACAAGGAGUAGUACUAAUCCUACAAUAAGUACCAUAGAUGAGGAGUUUGAUAGCGAAGAAGACAAUAUUAAGGAAUUAAUAAGCAAAUACGCUGAUCAGCCAGCAGAUUUGAAUGAAGGCAUUGAAGCAGCUUAUAAGAGUUUACGAGCAAAUAUCGGUACUGCAGCUCAUACAAUAUUUGCUGUACCUAUGGAGGUAUAUGAAAAGACUGGAACCCAAGGAACGGUCAAGGCUGUGAUACGAGCAGUUCCUGUUGCUGUUUUAAAACCUAUGAUUGGAGCUUCUGAGGCUGUAUCGAAGACGUUGCUUGGAUUACGAAAUACAAUUGAUCCCAAUAAGAAAUUACAAAUGGAAGAUUCAUCGAUCCUCAUUUCAGAGUCAACGGAUCUUUAUCGAGAAACUGUAACUGGAAAAUUCCAUAAGCUACCAAAACAGGAGUUCCUGAUGUGCCUUCUGGAGAACCACUUUUCACAGACAUCCCUAGGUGACGUUGAUGAUGGUAACGGUGAUAUGGCUUGA